CGCGCGCGCUGAUAUUCCGCCUGCGGUUCACACUGAGGACAAAAGACAACUUGACCAGAUAGUUUAGAUAUAACGCUGAGUAACCCACAGACAACCUACCACAGCAUGUGAUUUUACGGUGAAAACUGCAAGACAUCGCCAUGAAAACGGAAAAAGACGGAGAUACCAUGAGGGGAGUAACAGUUAACCGAUUUGCUGAAGAGGCUCCCUCCUCAGGGAUGGCUAAGAAUGGAUACUUUUAUCAAGAGAUGGAGCAGAGGGAGAGAGAGGAGCAGGAGGAGGGGAGCGAGGAGAUAGAGGAGGGCCAGGACUCUCCCAUCCCAUCAGGAGAUGACAUUCAUCUCUACGGCAGCCAGACGCACCAAGGAGGAACAGAAUCUGAUGUCCAUGGCUGUGUUCUGCUCAACACGUCGAGAAGGUAUGUGAAGCUGAUGAACUUUGAGGAGGAGGUGCGGGCUCACAGGGAUCUGGAUGGCUUUCUGGAGAGGGCUUGCAUUCUGCUGCACGAGGACGAGACCUCUCUGGACGACGUGUUGAAGACGAUGCUCCGUCACGUCUCGCAGGACCCUCACACCGCCGAACCCGCCUGCAACUUCGAGGAGAUCAUGAGCUCGCUUUUCACAGACGCCGGGUCACAGGAGGUCAAUGACAGGUCGGCGAAUUUCAUUUUCUAUGACGACGUGCAUCUGUUGUCAGAGACGCUGCAGUGUGUGACGGCCACAGCCACAGGGAUUCAGUACCAGCAGUCUUGGCUUUGCAUCCUCUGUAACGUGAAGAACCUGCAGAGACGGCACGUGUGUAUCUCUCGCCUGGAUCGUCCGCAGAACUGGGGGGAAAAUUGUGCAGAAGUCCGUUACGUUAUCCUCAUUCUUGCACCUUCUAAAAUGAAAAGCACUAAGACGGCGAUGGAGCUGGGCAGGACGUUCGCUAGCAUGUUCUCCGAUAUCUCCUUCAGACAGAAGUUGCUAGAGAGUAAGACUCAGGAGGAAUUUAAGGAGGCGCUGGUCAUCCAGAGGUACCACCUGAACCCCACGAAGCGUAAAACUACGGUUGUGGAAGGCGAAGAGACAGACCCACACAGCCAAAAACCACUGAAGUGUAGAGAUUUUUUCAGGCUGGGCAGAGGAAUCUAUGAGGAUCUUUGCCGUCGCCUGCCUUUCUACCCAUCUGACUUCACUGACGGUCUGGUGGGCAAUAAUAAAGCCCUGGUGAAAUUCAUGACGACGUCCAUUUUCCUGUACAUUGCCGUGCUGCUUCCUGCUAUUGCUUUCGGCUCGCUCAACGACGAGAUCACUCGGGGAGAGAUUGACGUUCAGAAGACAAUUGUUGGGCAGAGUAUAGGAGGAAUCAUCUACUCACUAUGUGCUGGUUCCCCUCUGGUCAUUCCACUGACCACAGCACCCAUCGCUAUUUUCAUUAGCGUGAUUAGGGGGAUCUGUGAUGAUUACGAGCUAGACUUCCCAGCGUUUUACGCAUGCAUCGGCUUGUGGAACAGCCUCUUCCUCAUCAUGGGAGGAGUCUUCAACCUCAGUCUGCUUGUUAAACUCUUUAAGAGGUCGAUAGAGGAGGUGAUAGCUUUGUUCAUUUCCAUUGCUUUUGUAGCAGAUGCAGUUAAGGGCACUGUCAAGAUUUUUCACGAGUACUACCAUGCUCCCACCCUAGCCAAUGGGAGUGCAGCAGAGUUAAAUCGCAUCAGCAGCAGUAUACAUUUAGGGGAACUGAACCUGACAGUAGCGGGGCCAGUGUCCCUCCCAGAAUCCUUCAUUCUGUGCACACGAGCGCGGCCACUUCUUUGUCUCCUACUUAUGCUGGGCACAUUGUGGGUGGGAUACACACUCUACCAGUUCAGGAGGAGUCCGUUUCUGCAUGUGAAGAUGAGAGAGAUUCUGUCCGACUGUGCUCUACCUAUCUCAGUGCUUGUCUUCUCUUAUGUGGGAUCAUACAUCUUCAACGACAUUGCCUUGCCGGUCUUUAACUUCCAUGAAGGUCCAGUGUUUCGAGUGGCACCUCUGGAUAAGCUGACCGGAGCGAGUGUUCUGAGUGCAAUGGGUCUGGGCUUUCUCCUGUUUAUCCUCAUCUUCAUUGACCAGAACAUCGUCGUGUCCCUUACAAACGCACCUGAGAACAGGUUGCUGAAAGGCACAGCAUAUCACUGGGACCUGACUCUGUCUGGCUUGAUUAAUAUUUUGAUGUCUGUGCUGGGGUUACCGUGGAUGCACGCAGCGUUCCCUCACUCCACCCUGCACGUCAGACAGCUGGCCAUUGUGGAAGAGAGGGUGGAAGGAGGACACCUUUACGAGACUAUAGUGAGUGUGAAGGAGACGCGGGUGACCUCACUGGUGGCUAACAUCUUGAUAGGUGUGAGUGUAUUUCUGCUGCCGGUCCCCCUGCAGUGGAUCCCUAAGCCUGUGCUGUACGGCCUCUUCCUCUACAUCGCUCUCACCUCCAUCGAUGGCAAUCAAAUGUGCGAUCGUAUGGCUCUGCUACUCAAAGAACAAACGUCCUACCCACCCACUCACUACAUCCGCAAGGUGCCGCAAAGGAAAAUCCAUUAUUUCACUUUCCUUCAGAUGGUGCAGCUGCUUUUCCUGUGUGCGUUUGGGAUGUACCCUCUACCGUACAUGAAGAUGAUCUUUCCUCUGCUGAUGUUUAUCCUCAUACCCAUCAGGAACUGUCUACUGCCCAGGAUCAUUGAGGCUAAGUACCUGGACAUUAUGGAUGCACAGCGCAUGUAAACGCAUGCGCACUCAGCCUCUGAGCUAAGGACUCUGGGAAUUGUAUUUGUGAAAUGCAAAACUCUGUGAGGAAAAACCAACUUAUUCUAGUGAUUAACAGCAGGCAUUCUGGUGAAGCACUGAACGAGUAAGAGAGAGCUUAAAAAAAAGGAUAUUUGGAAGAGAGAGUGAGAGAUAAAGAGGGGAAGGAGAUGCCUGUUCACCGAGUAGAAAGACAGACCGCUGUCUGACUGUUGACCUUGGUCAGUCACUGCUUGUGUUAUAAUCUGAAUUCUACGCCAAAGUCCCUCUCUCUCUCUCUCUGGUCUAUUAUGAUGAAUCCACGCAUAGCGAUAUGGAUCAAACACGAAUGAGACCUAAAACACCAUCACACAUACUCUCAAAAAAAUUGUGUCAUAGCGAAAUUACACCAGUUUUACUCAAUCAGAUCAUAGUGUUCUUGACACGACUGGUUUUUCAACACGAGACUAAAGCUCCUCUUCAGAGACUGAAAUCUGUAGCAAUACCUCUUAAUGCUGAAUCUGAACACACGGUCAGAGCGUGUCUCUCGUUCACAACCUCUCACGCGGUCAAGUUAAAAAGCUGUUUCUCAUAGAUUUUCCAGUGCAGUUUGGUACAUAUCAGCGAUGACGAGUAAUAAAGAAGUGAGCACGAACCAAAAGAAUCCACUCGCAUUAUUAGGAAACUGUGUCUCAUAGCAAUACACCGGAUUAUUAGAGGCUAUCAAUAUUUUCAAGUUUUCUAUCGAGAGAGUUUUCUUUUGAGGUUAUAGGCUUCUAGUUUGGAUACCCACUGAUGUGUUGAGAAUGUAUUAUAAGCGCUGGUGUUUCAGGGAGAAGGAGAAAUAUAAGCAGCAUUUCUGUGGACCUUACUCACUGCUGAAUGACAUUUAAGCUUUGCACAUCAACAGGACUGUGUUCCCUGCCCAGUCACACACACAGACACACACAGACACACACACACACACACACACACAGAGAGAGGCAUGAAUACAAACAACACCUAAAAGAAAGGCACUUACCGUCAAUACUGUCCAUUACAAUAUAUUCAAAACAGAGAAGGCAUGCCUUUUAUUAAACAUCAGAACUGAUUUCUAGUACUAUUAUGUAAAUUGUUUGUGUUAUUUAAAGCAAAUAGAAAAAAGUCAGUUAUAUUAUACCCCUUCAUUAUAGCCGUUUUCAAAUAAUUUCUAAAUGAUUCCUUGUUGUCAAUACGUGUACUGUAGCAUUGAGAAACCCCACAAAGUGAGGUAGAAUUGGAGCUUUUAGACUAUUUGGACCAAAACAAGUGACAUUUCCAGAAAGACGGAAGUCAAUCGACGGGUAAACGCUGAAGAAGAUAUAAAUGUAGACGCACAAAAUGACAAAUCGUAUGAGCACCUGUGCACUUAAUCGUAGGCAAUACGACAUUAGAGAAAGCUCAGAACCAGACCGGACUGAAAUUGGUCACGAGAUUUAAGCUUCAGAGUGAGAGAGAGAUAAAAAUACAAAAAAAGUUAAUAAGUUAAAAAAAAGUUCAUUUGUUCAAAAAAAGUUCAUUUUCACUCGCAUUAUUUGAUAAUCAGCAUUCCCAUUUCUCUCUCUAUCCUCCCUGUAACAGUAUCAUAGUUAUUCUCCUUGAAUCCUGACCUCUAGUGUUUCAGUAAUCCUAUUUGUCAUUGGACAUCUCUCAGUAUUUACUGUAAUAUUGAAGUAUUUCAACUUUAAUUUGUGAUCUGCACACCUGGGUGGGAUAUAUUGACGAGUUCUGUUCUGUGCUGUUUGAAUAUUGUUUUUGAUUUUUUGUUUCCUAAUCUUGAAUAUAUAAUGUGUAGAUUUUUAUAUAGCACAUAAAAAUACAUUGUCAAAUUGAUUUUGUCUAACAGAUAAGCUAAAUUUGUAAACUGCAAUAUGUAAAAACUAAGGUAAAUAAGAGACAUGUUUAUUGGAAGGAUUGUGUGGGUUUAAUAGGGGUAUGCUAUACACUGAAAUCUAGGUCAUUUCAAGCUGAUUGCCAAAUAAAGAGAUAUAUUGAUACCCA